AGUAUGACAGAAAAUAGAUAAGUUAUGCACUGGAAAUAAAGAUUAUAGAUGAAGAGAAACAAUUCCAUCAAAAAAAUGUAAAACUUAAUUCGGAAUAGUAAUAAAAAAAAUCUACCCACGAGAAACUAUGAAAGAAAGAAAAAAUAGUAAUUUGAAAAGAAAGCAAGGAAAAAAAGCAGGGAUAAGAAAAAUUUUAUGUCUUAAAAAAAGUACUUAACAGCCGUUUAAAAAAGACAAAGCAAAUCUGAUGUAGUAAACUGGCUGGCAGAUCUUCAAUAAAAUGCAUAAAGAAUCAAUAUAGAACUUCUUGAACAACUUCAUCAUAUUCAUCUCCAAUACUACACUCUCCAAGCCUGUGGUCAAUCAAAGCUUAUGGGAUGAUCUGGACCAGCUGGGGAAACAGGCUGAAAAAUGGCAGAUGGAAUUUAAUGAAAAUAAAGGGACAAAUUCAGGAAGGACUUGCCCAGUGAAUAGUAUGCAUUGAGAUGUGCAGUGGAAUACAGGUUUAUAAUUCCUCAAAAGGGGCAUCAAGGUAGAUAGGGCCAUAAAAAGGCCUUCAUAAGUCAGGGCAUUGAGCACAGAUGUUAUAUUGUAUAAGACAUCGGUGAGGCCAAAUUUGAAGUGUUGUGUGCAGUUUUGGUCACCUACCUACAGGAAAGAUUUAGUAAGAUUGCAAGUGUUCAGAGAAAAUCUACAAGGACCUUGCUCAGAUGUGAGGACCUGAGUUGGGAAAGGUUGAAUAGAAACAUAGAAAAUCUACAGCACAAUACAGGCCCUUUGGCCCACAAUGCUGUGCUGGACAUGUACAUACUUUACCAGUCAGCCUCUGCUCUAUCCACGUAAGAAUCUUUCCUGUAAUAUCAUGGGCUCAUAGCUUGUUAAGCAGCCUAAUGCGUGGCACCUCGUCAAAGGUCAUCUGAAAAUUCAAGCACACAACAUGAACCAAUUCUCCAAUGUCUAUCCUUCUUCAAAGAAUUCCAACAGAUUUGUCAGGCAAGAUUUUCCCUUGAGGAAACCAUGCUGACUACGGCUUAUUUUAUCAUGUGCCGCCAAAUACGCGAAGACCAAUAUCCACUCUCACUUCUCUUUUUUACUUUAUGUAUUUGAAGAAACAUUUGGUAUUCUCUUUAACAUUAUUGGCUUGCUUACUUCUGAAUUCCAUUUUUACAUCAUUAAUGACUUUUCUGUUGCGUUCUGUUGAUUUUUUAAAAGCUUCCCAAUUCUUGAACUUCCCACUAUUUUUUGUUCCAUUGGGACAAAAAAUAUAGAAUAUAGAAAAAAUAUAGAACUUUAUUCCUUGGAGCGCAGGAGAUUGAGGGGAGAUCUUACAGAGGUAUACAAAAUUAUGAGGGGGGGGAGAUAUAGUGAAUGCAAGAAGGCUUUUUCCUAAGGUUGGGUGAGAUCAGAUCUAGUGGUCAUAGGUUAAGGGUGAAAGGUGAAAUUCUUAAGGGGAACCCGAGAUGAACUUCUUCACUCAGAGUGUGGUGCUAAUGUGGAACAAGCUGCCUGUGGAAGUGGCAGAGGUUUGGAUAGUUGAGAGGGGCUUGGAGGGGGUAUGUUUCUGGCACAGGAAGAUGGGACUAGGCAGGAAACAGGCGAGCAUUGACAAGAUGAGCAAGGGUUUCUGUGCUGGAGUACUUUACGGUCCAUGUUCUAAUUAUCCAGAGAUAGCUACAAAUACAGAGGCAAAUACACAGAAAGAGACAGAGAGGGACAGAUAGACAGAGAAACACCGAGUGACUGUGAUAGAUACAGUGGGAUCAACAGGCAGGAGAGGGACAGAGGUGGAUGGAAAGAGAGGUAAAGGGAGGAGAAGGCAAACAGAGAGGAUGGUAGAAAGGGAGAGGGGAGAAAAAGAGAGAUAGGUAGGGAGAGUGAAGGAAGGAGUGGUGGAGAGGGGUAAGUGAGAGAAAAUGGAAAGAGUGGGGUAAGUGGGAGGAGAGAGAUAAGAAGGGCAGAGAGGGAGAGCGAGAAGGCAAAGACAGGGCAGAGCGGGAGAAAACAACUUGACAGUGGGAGCGCGGCAGGAAAAAUACCCCCAAGAAUGAGAGAGGAAUGAGUGGACAUGAGGAAAUCUGCAGAUGCUGUUAAUUUUAACCAACACACACAAAAUGCUGGUGGAACACAGCAGGACAGGCAGCAUCAAUAAGGAGAAGCGCUGUCGACGCUUCCUCAGGAAUGAGUGGUUUGGGGUGUUUAUGUAUAGGAUGUCUUGGAAUACCUUACAGGCUGGGUUCUAAUCCAAGGACUUGAAAGGUUUACAUAUAGAAUAACAGAUCCCCAGGAAUGGGUUACAUACGGGGACCUAAUCCAGGGUUUCAGGUGUUUAUACAUAUAACAGAUCCCCAGGAGUGGGUUACAGGUUCUGAUCUGAUCCCGUGGUUCGGGAGGUUUAUACACAGAAUGACAGAUCUCUAGGACGGUUUACAGGCGGGGAUUUAAUCUAGGGGUUCAGAACUUAUAUGUGGAAUAACAGAAACCUGGGAGUGGGUUACAGGCUGGUAUCUAAUCCAGGAGUUGGGUGGGGUCCAUAUAUAGAAUAACAGAUCCCCACGGUGGGAUCGAAUCCAGGGUAUUGGGAUUUAUAUAGAGAAUAAUUGAUCGCCACAUACUCUCGGGCCCAGACACACCAUCCUUUGCCCCUAUACCCGAGUCCUGACCUCUCUCACCCACACCCCUCUGUCUGCCCAGCAGGUCUCUGUCAGCUGUGCCAGCUCCGGUGGCGAUGGGCUGCCCCCUCCUCGCACUGCUCCUCGUCCUCCUCCUCGGGACCCCUCCAUGCGGGGCGAUCUGUAACGUGGCCACUCCCAACGAGUGCCGGGAGAAGAAGCCGGUGCCAGGCAUGGAGCUGCUGGGCGAGGGCUUCGACGUGGUUCUGCUGCGAGGCACGGGGGCCUGGGCGGUGGACACGAGGAGCUGGCAAAGGGGAGGCUCCUGCACCGUCUGUCACAACGCGCACCUGAAGGGCGAGGUCCAGCGGCUGCCCCGGGCCGUCGCCCACUGGGUGACCGAGGCGGACUGCAACUUCCGUCUCCAGUCCACCGUCUACGACUCGGCCGAGGAGCUGUCGGCCUCGCAGUCGGCCGGGGUGGACUCCUCCUGGAGCGCAGGGCUGGACGUGAAGCCGCGGCCAGGUUCCGGAGUGCGGACGACGGUGGCGGGGGAGCGGUCUGAGAUGGCGUCCUUCGGCCGCAAACGGGAGGCCUCCGACCGCUACAGUUUCUCCAGCCAAGCGAUGGUGUGCAGCCUGUACCGGGCCAGGCUGGGCACGCAGCCCCCCUUGCACCCGCACUUCAUCCAAGAGAUCCGCCAGCUGCCCCGGCGCUGGGACGGGCGGUGGGACAACGGGCACGGGGAGGGCAGCGGCCCCGGCUUCUUCUACCGCCGCUUCCUUCGCACCUUCGGCACCCACUACGUCCACGCCGUAACCCUGGGCGGCCACUUCCGAGACAUCACGGCCCUCCGUACCUGCCAGGUGGCCGCCGAGGGACAGACCGCCGAGGAGGUGAAGGACUGUCUGACGAUUGAGGCAGAGGCUCAGAUCGGCAGCAAGUUGGACUCCAACGCCAAGUACCGGCAUUGCAAGGAGGCCCAGAACAAGGCUGAGGGGCGGAUGUCCUUCCACCAGACUUACAACGACCGCCUGACCGUGGUGCAAGGGGGCCUCCUGUCAAAGGGGGCCGACCUCUUCUUCGGGGGGGAUGAGGGAGGGAGCUCCAACCACUUCAAAGCCUGGGUCAGCUCCCUGUCCUCCCACCCGGGCGUCACCUACCGCACCCUGGAGCCGUUGCACCUUCUGCUGUCUCGGCGGGACCCCCGCCGGGCGCUCCUGCACCGUGCCAUCAGCCAGUACAUCGUGGAAGGGGCAUCGGAGGGGCGUGCUGCCAACUGCUCAUCCAAGGGCUGCCCCAGGGGUGGCACCCGGCCCAGCUCGGCCCAAGGUUCCUGUUCCUGCCACUGCUCCGAUGACCCUUGGGUGAACGGUCAGUGCUGCCCCAAGAAGAAGGGCUGGGGACGGCUGGAGGUGAAGGUGAUCCGCUGCCGGGACCUCUGGGGCGACUAUAUGUCGGGGACGGACGCCUACGUGCGAGUUAGCUGCGGCCCGGGGCUGAAGGCCAGCACGGCGGCCAUCGCCAAUAACAACCACCCAGUCUGGGACGUUUGGCUGAACCUGGAAGAGGUGCAGCUGGGGUCGGGCGCCCGCUUGCGGCUGGAGGUCUGGGACCAGGACUGGGGACUGGACCGCGACGACCUUCUGGGAGCCUGCGAGGUCCCGCUGGUGGCUGGGCCCAGCCGAGUCGACCUCUGCUACCUGAACCACGGCAGCCUGAGCUUCGAGGUGCGGCUCACCUGUGGGCCCCACCUGGGCGGGGAUGACUGCCGCGAGUACCAGUCCAGGCCGGGGAGCUGAGCUGACAGCGGGGGCAAGUGUGGGGGGCGGACUGGCCUGGACCAGGGGCUGAGGAGAGAGCUACUGCAGCCCUCAUGGACAUAAAUCGCCCUGCCUAGCUGCAACCUCUGACCUCUGACCCUGGCCGCAGCAAUCUCCUGCCUCCCCUUUCCCUGCAUCACCCUCCUUACACACUCCCUCAUUACCUCCUCUCCUUCCCACUCCCCCGCCUCCUACAUCACAGCUUUACUCUCCUAGCCCUUCUCACCAUCCCUCCUACAACCUCUCCCCCAUUCACCUGCACCCCUCCCUCUCUCCCUUCCUCCCUCCCUCCUCGUUUUACCCUCCCCAUCCUCCUAUCUCACUGACUCGCCCACGGUGCUCACUCCCCUGCUUAAAUUCCUUCCUCUCUUCACUCCUGUCUCCCCUCCUCCCCUCUCCACUUCCUCUCCAAUGGCAUUCCCUCGUCACUCACUCUUUCAUCUAUUGCCCCUCCCUGCUUACCACCCCUCACAUGAAAAUCCCUCCCCUCACUCCUCUAUCCCUGCCCUCCCCACAGUACUGCCUCAGACCCCCUCCGUCCCUUCCUCCCCACCCUCUUAUCACUCUCCCCUCCUCGCUGCCUGUCUCCCUUCUUGCUGCUUCCUCCCUUGUGACACUCUCUCCCCCUCACUUGCUCUCUAAGAUUGUUCCCUGCUCACUCCCCUUCCCACCGCUGCUGCUCCCAAUCUGCCCUCCUCCUGCUUGGGUGAAGACUUGGUUAAUUUAUAAGCUGAUGUUGCGCUGUACAAAUGUUGCAGUGUUUUCCAACCGAUGGACUUUGACUGAGUAAAAGGAUUGUCACGCAGAGUAUCUGCCCGAGUUUUAUUGACUGUGCAAAGUCUGUGUCCUGGGGGUUUAUUCCAGGGAUCUUUCCCAUGUUGCGGGAAUCUGUCCCGGGGAUUUAUUGGUUUUGGAAUUGUUUAUUACUGUCCCGUGCACCCAGUUACAGUGAAAAGUUUGUCUUACCUACCAUUCACACAAGUCGAAUCAUUGCUCAUUGCACUGGGCUAGAAUAAGUCCUUUCCUUCCUGCCGCUCCGGCUCUGAAGCGAACUCCGCCGAGAGAAAAGUUGUGGCCUCAGCUGGAGGCGGACAUUCAGGCACCGGACACGCACAGCCCGCUACCAUCCUCGACAUCUCCGACCGACCGGCCG